ACUGCAAAAGUACCUGAUUGAUUUAAAUGUAAAAGUAUAUUAUAUAUAUAUAUUUUAUAUUGUAAUUGCAAAUUGACGUUUGGUGGAUGCUUCUGUUAGUCAUUUAUUAUUUACAUUUUUAGAAGAUUUUUAAAGGUUAAGAGAUACUUGAAAGACGAAUAUUUCUGCAUGAACAUGAAUAAAACCAACUCAUCAGAGGUGGUGGGCUCAACUGAAUCAGAGAGAAAGAUCACAUCUUCUAGAGAAGCUGCCCCACAAAAACUCUUUGACUCCAGCAGUGUUUUUCAGACUUCAGAAUUCAAGCUGGACAGAUCAAAUUUGUGUAGUGAUGUUAUUGUAAAAAAUAAAGCAAACACUCAUUAUCAAGUGGGCAUCGAGUCUAUGGGUCAAUCACAGUAUGAGAGGGCUGUUACCUGCUUCACUAAGGCCAUAAUGCUGCAACCUAAGCAGACACAGCUGUAUUUAGAAAGAGCAGAGGCCUAUAUUCAGCUAUGUGACUUCAAGUCUGCAGCCCUAGACUACAAGCAUGUCUGCAACAUGGAACCACAGAUCACAGCCUAUCUGCACCGCCUUGCUUUCAUUUAUUAUCUGCAGGGACAGUGUUGUUUUGACCAGGGGAUGUUCUUGGAGGCUUUGACAUCUUUUACCAAGGCAGCUGAACUAAGGCCCAAUUUUCAGCCUUAUCACAUGAGACGCUUGGCAUGUCUGAGUGCACUUGGUCGUUACAUAGACUGCAUUUGUCUGGCCACUAACUGGAUAGAGAAGGGCACCCCAUCAUCUGAUCUCUUUACUUUUAGAGCACGCUCGUACCAUCAACUUAAUCAGGCCAUGCUGUGUUACUAUGACCUGAAGGCAGCUCUGAAGCUGAACCCGAACUGUCCAGAGGCGCAGACCCUGUUGAUGAAACUGGAGCAGGUAGCCCAAAGCUGUCGACAGCAGGCAGUGACCAAAGCUGUAGCGGGAGAGCUGUCUGAUUCUCUGAGCAAGAUCACCACUGCUCUAGAACACAACCCUGAAAAGGCUCAAUAUUACCUUUUUAGAGGGAUACUAUACCGCAGGCUAAAAGACUUCACUGCUGCCAUAGAGGACUUGGUGCUCGCUGUGGAAUUCAGUAACACUGAACCAAAACAUCCUAAGGGACAAAAGCCUGAAGACUUUGAGGAUGUAGAGAAAGAUGCUAACACUCAGCUGGUGCUCACUUACAAUGAUUUUGCAGUCCACUGCUUCUCCCAGGGUUUCUACAGUGAGGCCAUCACGCUUCUGACUAAGGCCAUCAACAAGCAGAGAGAUGAGAGUGGGCUGUUUAUAAACAGAGGAGACUGUUUCUUCAAGCAAAAGGAAUUGCGUUUUGCUUUGGCUGACUACCAGCAGGCUGAUGAGUUGGACCCCCAAAACACUACAAUUUGGCUUCGUCUGGCUGUUGCUCACAACAAACUGGGACUGCACAGUUACAACAACCUACAUUUUCAGGAGGCAGCAGAGAGGUUUUCAGCUGCUAUUAAGUACAACCCCGGAGAAGCUCAGUACUAUGGGAAUCGUGCUAGAGCUAACAGCAGAACACACAACAUGGAGGAAGCCAAUCGGGACGCCAUCCGUGCUCUCGUUUUAGAUCCGACCAACGAUGAGCUGGUCGCCCUGGUGCUGCAACUGUUCCCAGGCUGCUUUCCAUCAGAUGUCUUAUCCAGUGGCACUGCCCAAAUGCUCAAAGCUCAGCUGAUGGAGCAGAUCCAGAACUGGAAACUUGUAGGCUCUCCUCAGUCAAGCCUUUCUAAUAACUUUGCGAGGAUGGACAUCAGACAUGACUCUCAUAGCCAGUCAGAAACUGAUUCCAAAAGCCCCACAAGUGUUAAGGAUGUGAAAAUCAAAUCUAAAAAGAGUGUUUCCUCUAAGGAUACGGUCGUGAGCAAGGAAAAGGUAACCUCGACCGUGAAGAAGCUUCUGCAUAAGAGGGAGUCUCUGAGUUACACUGGACCUCGCCUCGCCCCUCUGUGCCCUCCAGAAAAAAUGAAGUCUGUUGCAGGCUCGACCGAGCGUCCAUACUCCUGGAAGAACUUCAAAGGCCUCGGCCUUAACUGCUAAUGGUGUCAGUAAAGGUGCACUGGGUUAAAUAUAAUGACUUAAUCAUGAGUGACCUGAGGCAGAACAGUAAUUAUGUUUGAUGCAUUCAAUCAGUUUAAAAUGGGAUUAUAGUAUUGGUAGUAUAAAAAGAUCCAAACCAAUAGCAUUUGAAUCUAGGGUUAUGGUUAAAGUUGGUCAAGAUGUAGAAAAUGACUAAAGUGUAAUUACAUUUGAAACACAUAGUCCUCAUUUCACUUUCUGUCAUCCCUGUGAAGUUAUCCAGCUUCCACCUGAUUAAAUGUCUGGUGUUAUUUUCUUAAUUUUCUCUAUUAACUGGAUGGAUGUCCCAUUUAAUGCACCUUGUACCAAGUGAAGUGUAACAGAGGAGGUUUUUCCACAUACAGUGUUUUAUUUCAUCUUAUUAAUUAAAACACAUUACUCAAGCAAAGUGUGCAUCCCAGGGAAAACCUUUGCCAUGACUGGUUGUUAGCGUGACAAACAUGACUAAUUCCUACAAAUAAACCUUAGUUGAUGUGAAUGGCUUGUGAUCGAAUCGAUUUGGAUGUUUACCAUGUGGUAUGGACAAAUCUGAAAAUGAUGUAUUAUUUCUAUUUGAUUUGGUCCAUCGCUCGCUUAUCACAUUUGCGUGAGGGGUUGUUUUGUUCAGAGCAGCUGUUCUUCAGAGGCUGGGAGUGCAGCUGAGAGAAGGCUGUGAUGCCGUCUAGAAAACAAUCCAACAGCUGAUCCCAAGUCCCUGUCAGAGACUUCCACACAACCUCAAACAAACGGUGCAGCACAUACUUUAAGUCUCUCGAGGACGGUUCUAGACUUUAUGGCACACUAACAAUAGAGCAUUACACAUUACAUGGUGUCUGUGAUUCUGAUUUUUAAUGUCCUUGUCUAUGAUGAUAUUCUUUUUUUCUGAAGUGUAGACAUCAGUUAUAAUUUGUAAUUGACCGUUCAGUCCCGUUCAGUGUAACUUGACAAGCGCAGCUGUCUGAAGCAUGACCACACAGACUUCAUGGAACAUUAACCAAAUUUAUGUAAUAUGUAAUAUUUUGAUAAUAGUAUUUUUUUCUAAUUUACUACCAAAAGGUCUUAAGAAAUGUACCCUUUACUCCUUUUCCUGUUAUUAAAAAUACCAACUUUUAUUAAGACAGACUGAUAGGAAAAAUAUUUAUGCGUAAAUACUUCUGUGUUUUUCUAACGUCUCUAAGAGUAGAAUGGCUUGCUAGUCUCUUCAUUGUAAUAUGCACACCAGUAACAGUAAUUAAAGCACAGUGCUUGCAAUUAACCAACUAUCAACAAUUUUGGCUGUGCCCCUUACUGUAGAAGAAUAUACAGUAGAACACCUUUAUUUGUCAUAUAUACAUAUACAGGUGUACAGUACAGCUUGUUUGGAAACUGGGGUCAGAGCGCAGGGUCAGACAUUGUACGGCGCCCCUGGAGGAGAGAGGGUAAAGGGCCAUGCUCAAGGGCCCAACAGUGGCUGCAUGGGAGAGCUGGGAUUCAAACUCUUAACCUUUCAAUUGAUAGCCCAAAGCCCUACCCACUAGGCUACCACUGUCCCAUUAUACCAAAUAGUUUGUCCAUUUAGUACGCAACUAUUGGUGUCAACUACCAGAGACUGGAUUAGCAUGCACUGUUCUUUGAAGCAAAGCAAUAUUAAUUCAUACAUGUCCAAAUCCUAAUCAAGUGCUAGUCAAGUAAGCUAUACAGCUUUUAUUUUUAAAGUAGUCUGCUAAUGUUGCAUCAGUUUGCCUUAAUGCUUCUUGUCCUAUUGUCUGUUGCAUUACAUUUAGCCAAUCAGAUGCAGCCUUUACCAAAUAAAAAAACUUGCAGACUUAAUGACAAAUGUACCUACUUGCACUCCCAUCAGCAGCAUGUAGAGUCGCAGAAGCAUGCAGUCUGUAUCAAAUAUGAAAAGUAAGCUAAACCUGACUCUAAAUCUGUAAAAAAAAGAAAAAAAAACUUUAAUGAACUUUCACAUUUUUAUCACCAGUAAUCUUGCUUCAUUGUAAAC